AGACUGCAUGGGAUGGGGGGAGGCGGCGGAGCUCCCCGACCGGGACCGUCAUUCCGUCUCCAGGCUGUGGGGCCGGGCACCGACAGCGCCAUCCCCCCUCACCCUCCUUCUGCCCGCCUCGCACACCCUCGGAAACGCAGGCUCGCGGCACUGCGUUGGGGGGGGCGGUCCCAGCACCCCAGCCUCAAGUCCUCAGCCCUCUGCACCUCCGGGCCCCCCUUACCCUCAAGAGGCAUCAGGAGUAGUCGCGGGGGGCCUCGGGAAAUUCCCCGGACCCCUGUGCCAGGAGGUGCCCUGCUCGCCUGCUCCCCUGCUCCCCACCCCACCCCCGAGGGCGGUGCCCGGGGGCGCUGCCCCAUGCAUCAGGGAGGCGGGCGCCGUCUGCUCCUGGAGCCGUGACCCGAGUCGGAGCUGUGUGUUCUGUGUCACAGCCGCCCCGACCCCUGCCGAUCAUGCGUCGCCGCCCCUGGCUCGCCAGUCCCACUGGGCUGUGAGCCCCCCACGCCUGUCCCAUCACGGCCAGCGCGCCAUGGGCAGCGCCCACCCUCGCCCCUGGCUGCGGCUCCCACCCCGGCCCCAGCCUCGGCCUGCGCUCUGGGCGCUCCUGCUCUUCCUACUGCUGCUGGCUGCCGCUGUGCCCAGGUCGGCACCCAACGACAUCCUGGGCCUCCGCCUCCCCCCGGAGCCUGUGCUCAACGCCAACACAGUGUGCCUGACAUUGCCUGGCCUGAGCCGGCGGCAGAUGGAGGUGUGUGUGCGUCACCCUGAUGUGGCCGCCUCAGCCAUCCAGGGCAUCCAGAUCGCCAUCCACGAAUGUCAACACCAGUUCCGGGACCAACGCUGGAACUGCUCUAGUCUGGAGACUCGAAACAAGAUCCCCUACGAGAGUCCCAUCUUCAGCAGAGGUUUCCGAGAGAGCGCUUUCGCCUAUGCCAUCGCGGCAGCCGGGGUGGUGCAUGCGGUAUCUAACGCGUGCGCUCUGGGCAAACUGCGGGCCUGCGGCUGCGACGCGUCCCGACGCGGGGACGAAGAGGCCUUCCGUCGGAAGCUGCAUCGACUGCAGCUAGAUGCGCUUCAGCGCGGUAAGGGCCUGAGCCACGGGGUUCCGGAACACCCCGCCCUGCCCCCUGCCAGCCCGGGCCUGCAGGACUCCUGGGAGUGGGGCGGCUGCAGCCCCGAUGUGGGCUUCGGGGAACGCUUCUCUAAGGACUUUCUGGACUCCCGGGAGCCUCACAGAGACAUCCACGCGCGCAUGAGGCUCCACAACAACCGAGUUGGGAGGCAGGCGGUGAUGGAGAACAUGAGGCGAAAGUGCAAGUGCCACGGCACGUCAGGCAGCUGCCAGCUCAAGACCUGCUGGCAGGUGACGCCCGAGUUCCGCGCCGUGGGGGCGCUGCUUCGCAGCCGCUUCCACCGCGCCACGCUCAUCCGGCCGCACAACCGCAACGGCGGCCAGCUGGAGCCCGGCCCCGCGGGGGCACCCUCGCCUGCUCCAGGCACCCCGGGCCCGCGCCGCCGAGCCAGCCCCGCCGACCUAGUCUACUUUGAGAAGUCGCCCGACUUCUGUGAGCGGGAGCCGCGCCUGGACUCGGCGGGCACCGUCGGCCGCCUGUGCAACAAGAGCAGCGCAGGCCCGGAUGGCUGCGGUAGUAUGUGCUGCGGCCGUGGCCACAACAUCCUGCGCCAGACGCGCAGCGAGCGCUGCCAUUGCCGCUUCCACUGGUGCUGCUUCGUGGUCUGUGAAGAGUGCCGCAUCACCGAGUGGGUCAGCGUGUGCAAGUGAGCGGCCCAGGCUCUCUGGGCCCUGGGAAAGCUUUCCCUCCUACAUCUGGGCCCUCUGCCUCUUGUGAUCCCAGGCAAGCACCACUGCCUCGGCUCUUGGGACAGGAGGUUGGACCGCGGGAUCUUACAGGGUCUGCAGUCAGGGGACAGUCCAGGCCUGUCUGACAACACCGUGUACUUCUGUGGGUUCUAGGAUUGAUUGGCUCACGCCUUCUACCAAGCUCAGACUCCCCAGGGUGGCUGGAGAAUGCCUCACAUCCUAGCACAAUUGUCAGCCAGGCAGCCCAGCCCCUUAGGCCUGUCUCCUUUCUCCCCUACCCCUAGAGUGGGAGGGAUGGGACCUCAUGAGCUGGGGGAGGAAGAUUAAAAAGAAGGAAUGGACAUAGCGAGCUGAAAUGAACCCAUAAAGGCCCUGGACACCGUGCCCACUGGCCUCUGCCCCUUAUUCCCCUCGCCAUUCAGGUAUCAGGUAUUUAUUUUGCACUCUCUUGGUGGCACUCCCUGGGGGGAGGAGAGGCACUGGAGAAUAAGAGAGACACAGCAUCUGCCUUCUAGGAGUUUACAUUUUGCUGAGGGAGAUGGACAAAACCAGUAAACACAGUCAUUUCAGACAAUGUUAUGUGCUGUGAAGAAAAUAAAGAAAAUAAAGCAGGGCCCUGGUGUACAGUGCUUUGUGGGCCCCUUCUGAUAAAAGGGGAAGCCUGAGAUGUGAUAUUCCUGUGGUGACCUGCAAAAUGGGACAAGGAGCCAUGAGGAGAUCAGGAGGUAACACUUUCAGGCAGAGACCAUGGAAAUACAAAAGCUCUGGGGGAGAAAGACCUCCACCUGUUGGAGGAGCAGCUAAGAUGCCCUUGUGACUAGAGUGAAGAAAUCAGAGGGCUGAUGGGCAGGAGAGGCACUCAGAGGGUGGGCAAAUGUCAAGUCACAUGUCUUUCUAGGCUUAGGCAAGGAGUUGGGAUUUUAUUCAAAAGCAAUGAGAACAUUCAGGGUCUUAACAAGGGAGUAUCAUGGUCCGAUUCCCAUAUGGGUUGUUGUGUGGGGAACUGGAUGAAGGUGUUAGCUGGAAAGCCAAUUAGGGGGGCUACAGCCAUCUUCCAAACCAGAAAUGAGGCUUGGAUGGAGGCAGUGGAAAUGACAAAAAGGGGCUGGAUUCAGAGUCUUCAGUGCCAGAGCUCCAACCGCCCACUUUGUACCUGAGCCCUCUGCCACAAGCCAGGACGAGUGGCAGUGCCCAGCAGCAACCGUCAGUAGAGACAGGAGACACUCUGAGAGGAGUAAUCCUGGGCAAGACCCAGCUCAACCCAGCCCAGCGCCCCAGGGAACAGGUGGGGCCAGGAGGUGCGGCUGGGAAGAGGGGGGAGGAGGAGGGGAGGGGCCCCAGACUCCCUGUCUGGAGCUGGGCUCUAGGAGUCAGGGCAGGAAAGUCAGGGUGUGUGAUUUGUGAGCAAGGCCCAGGGGGCCAGCUUUCCCGGGCCUCUUUUGCUCUGACAGCCCCUGCACAGGGUGCUCCUUAGCAGGUCAUAAUCACUCCCUGCCCUCAUGCCCAUCAGAACACUGCUGAGCUGGCAGCUUGGGUCCUGGGUUGCAUCUCCUCGGUUCAGACCUGAUGAUUUUCAGCCUCUCAGAAUAUCAGGAAAAGAACAUUUCACCUGCUUCAUCUAGGCUUCCUGCUGUUCACAGCUGGGGACCAUGGUGGCUGCCUCAGUUUAUCCCAGAAUGGCACUUCUCUUGAACAAGACAAGGACUAAAGUCUUGUUCCUUUCCCCAAUUGCCUGCCUUCCCAAGACUCCCAUUUUCCCUACCCUUUUCCUAUUUUUUCUGUACCCUGGAUGGGGACCAAAAGGAAAAGAGGCUCCCAGCAAGAUGUACGCCUGUGGCCCCUCCAGCUGGGAGAUUUGCCCUCAUCUCCUGGGCUUCCAAUUGCUGGAUCGAAGCAGCUCCCAGGCAUGCCUAAGGCAGCAGGCCCUUCCAAAAGCUCAGCUCUGCCACUUUGGUGGAGUACAGGGUUUCUCUCCCCAUCCCCCAAAAGACGGCCCUACAGGCAGGCGGGUGAGAGUCCCCAGGGAGAGGGGGUAGGCAGGAGCAGCCAGACACACCUGCCUCAUUCCUUUCCUCUUGUUCACCCUGGAAGAGCUGUGGGGGCUGGGUUCCCACCGCCUUAUCCCUCCCAUUCCAGGGAGGAGGAGAGACCAGUGCUGGGGCCAACUGAGGUGUAUGUGGGGUACUCUCACCUCUAGCAGUGUCCAUUGGAGCAUUAGCUGUGGCCUCACCCUCCUCUGCCUUCCAGGCUUAUAGAGGAUGGGGAUGGGGCGGGGGAGACUGGAGGUGACAGCUCUAGCAUCAAGUUAGGGAAUCAGGUAGGAGAGGCAACCCUGCAGAGCACACUUCGUCUAAGAAGGGUGGGUGGCAGGGUGGAGCAGGGGCCCGAGCAGGAGUUGUAGGGGACACAUUCUAAUGAGUCAGGUUGUGGUGAGCUGAUGAUACAUGCUAGCCUAGUCUGUAAAGGAGGGGAGGAAAAGUUGGGAGAGGAAUGAAUAAAGUGUUGCCCACUCCCCAUUCUUUCCCUGACCCAGAAGUUGAGUCCUGAGGCCAAGGCUGGACCCCACAGGGGAAAGGAGGGUGUGGGACUUGGUAAGGGGCCUAAAG